AUGUCCAGAAGAAAGGUGCAACUCACCUUCAUAGCCAAUAACUCAGAUAGGAAGGCAUCAUAUAUCAAAAGGAAGAAGUCACUGCUGAAGAAGACAGAGGAAAUCAGCACCCUUUGUGGUGUUGAAGCAUGCACAAUAGUUUAUGGCCCUUAUGCUCCUGUGCCAGAUGUUUGGACAUCCAACUCCGGUGUUCAAAAUGUGGUGGAAAAGUUCAGGAAUACAUGUGAGCAUAACAAGAAGAUGGCGACUCAAGAGAGUUUCCUUUCAGAAAGAAUCGCCAAGGGUAGAGAGAAGAUGAAGAAACAUGUUAGGAGCAACCAAGAGAAGGAGAUGACCAUGUUCAUGUUUCAGUGCCUUAAGAAUGGGAGGGUUGAACUUCACAAUAACAUGACCCCAGAUGAUUUGAAUGUCCUUUCAUCAGUGAUUGAAAGCAAGUUGAGGGAUAUUAAUAAAAAGAUGGAAACUUUGAAUGUUUCUGAGAUGCCACCAAAUCCAACCCAGAUGGCACCACCAGCACUACCAGUACCAGCACUUCCAGUACCAGCACUUCCAGUACCAGCACCAGAAGACAUCAUCACACCACCAAAUCUUGGCGAUGGAACAUAUAUGAAUGCUGAUGACCCGUUGCAAAGCCAGUGGUUCAUGGACUUGCUUAAUGAUAAUGGUGAUGAGGAGACUAUAAAGUCUUCAUUCGGAGAUCCUAAUCUCCCACCACUCUAA